AGACCGACAGUGCUUGACAGCAAAGUGCCAGUUGCACAUAGCCCAGCGCCAGCAAAAUUUCAUUGCGAUCCCAAGAUACCUGCACCAACAAAAGUUUCCAUAUCUGUACAUAUUGCCGAAAUAAGCUUAGUGUCCAAUGGCGAAGUUACUCUGUCCAUGUAUCUGCGCUACUCGUGGGAAGACUUCAGGCUUACUCACAUAAAAAGAAACGCGCUUGGAGGCUAUGUAGAAAUUGCCUCAACCGUGAAAAAUAUGCUUUGGCUGCCAGAUUUGUAUAUACCAAAUGCUGCCACCGUUAUUAAUCCAGUGAUCUUUGUACCUUCAACCAGUUUUCGCAUCUACGAAAACCACACCAUCUUCGCAAACCAAUAUCUGGUUCUAGAGCUUUCUUGCCCCUUCAACUAUGCCCUUUUUCCCAUGGACGUACAAAUAUGUGACAUUGCCCUGCAAAGCUUCGGUUCCUCCCCGUGCGAGACAAACAUGACCUGGGCGGAACACUUGCCUCUAACCUACUCGACCUCUACCCUGUCGCAGUUCUCGUACCACUUACACAGAUCUAAUGACGGAGCUGAGAAAGGUGUAUUUCACACGAGCAGCAAGAGCGUCUACGAGCGCUCCCAGAUCCACAUGUACGUGGUCCUCACACGCAAGAUCAUGUUCUACAUGAUGCAGAUCUACAUUCCGUCGAUGCUGUUCGUGGUGGUGUCGUGGAUCUCAUUCCUGAUCCCGGCGGAGAUGGCGCAGGGUCGCAUGCUGCUCACCAUCACCACCAUGCUCACCAUGGUGUCGCUGUUUGCUGCCGGCAGUGAGUACGUACCUAAGGCCAGCUACGUUAAGGCGAUAGAUGUGUGGAUGUGCCUGUGCACUUUCCUCUCUUUCUUCGCGGUGGUCGACUGCCUGGCGGACGUGCGGCUGGAGAGCAUGCUGUCCGGCGAGAGCCGGCGGAAGGCGACCGACACGUUCGUGCUGACCGGCCAGGCGCGCCGCCAGACAGUGGUGGAGAUCUUCAUGAAGUACGCGCGGGCAGGAGGCGCUCCGGCGCAGGGCGAGGACCCCGGCGAGCGGGACGAGCAAAUCGCGAGUGCGAACACGUUGACAGAAAUGCUGGUGAAGUGGUUUUUCAAGGCACACCGGGCAUCCGUCAUUGUGUACCCGGUAGUGUUUAUCCUGUUCAAUAUUGUGUAUUGGGUGGUGUGCCUCGGAACCUUGGAGGAACUGGACUUGGGUGCGCGAGGUGUUCCAGUGUAA